UAUCAGGUAAUUUGAAACAUUUGCCACUUGGCACUGAAUAUAUUUUAGGUUAGAUCUCCCUCUGACAAACCUGAAAGAAGAUAACAUGGAUAAGUAUAACCAGACAUUUGUAUCAGAAUUCUUUCUUCUGGGCCUUUUGGGGCAUCCAAAUCUUGAGAUCAUUUUCUUUGCUCUGCUUCUAGUGAUGUACCUAGUGAUUCUACUUGGCAACAGUGUAAUAAUCAUAGCAAGCAUUUUUGAUUCUCGUCUUCAUACCCCAAUGUACUUCUUCCUGGGAAACCUUUCUUUCCUAGAUAUCUGUUAUACAUCUGCUGCCAUUCCCUCAACAUUGGUGUCCAUCAUAUCACAGAGAAGAACCAUUUCCUUCUCUAGCUGUGCAGUGCAGAUGUUCCUUGUGUUUGCCAUGGGGUCAACAGAGUGUUUCCUCCUGGGCAUGAUGGCUUUUGACCGCUAUGUGGCCAUCUGCAAUCCUCUGAGAUACCCCAUCAUCAUGAGCAAGGUGGUGUAUGUGCUGAUGGCUUCCUCAUCCUGGCUCUCUGGUGGAAUCAACUCAGUUGUGCAAACAGCUCUUGCCAUGCGGCUGCCCUUUUGUGGGAAUAAUAUUAUCAAUCAUUUUGGUUGUGAAAUCUUGGCUGUCCUCAAGUUAGCUUGUGCUGACAUAUCCCUCAAUGUUGCCACCAUGCUGGUGUCCAAUAUGGUCUUCCUGGUUCUUCCACUGCUGGUCAUCUUCUUCUCCUAUAUUCUCAUCCUCUACACCAUCUUGAGAAUGAAGUCAGCCACAGGGAGACACAAGGCCUUUUCCACCUGCUCUUCACAUCUGACUGUGGUGAUCAUAUUUUAUGGUACCAUUUUCUUUAUGUACGCAAAACCUGUGUCUCAAGACCAGUUUCAAACUUCAGACAAGCUUAUGUUCCUGUUUUAUGGGGCAAUGACCCCCAUGCUGAAUCCUAUCAUCUAUAGCUUGAGGAAUAAGGAUGUAAAAUCUGCUGUGAAAUAUCUGUUGACUUGCAAAUCUAUCCAAUAA